AUGUUCUUGAGAAACAUGGUCAAAACAAGAAGCUUUUCUAAGCGUUUGAUAUCAAACAAAUCCAAAUUACCUUUGAAAGUAGGCUCGAUCAAUAUACUUGAUUUAGGCACAGUGGUCAACCGAGAUGGGUUCCAUACAGAACGCUUUAUUUUCUCUGUAGGCUACAUUAUACGCAGACUAUGUCCUAGUGCUGUUUAUCCUGAUAAAUACACGGUGAUGACAGCCAAGAUACUAGAUAGAAAUCAUUCUCAACUCUUAAUGACUACAGCUGAUCAACCAGACAAUACUCCCAUUGCCUCUUCCAUUCCUAGAGCUUGA